AUGGCAGAUGACUCCACUAGCGAGCCUUAUUUUAGGCAAAAACUUAAUGUAGCAGAUAUUAUUGUCAUCGUGGUAUAUUUUGCUUUAAAUGUGGCUGUGGGAAUAUGGUCUUCAUGCAGAGUCAACAGAAAUACGUUGAGAGGCUACUUCCUCGCAGGAAGGGACAUGACAUGGUGGCCAAUUGGAGCCUCCCUCUUUGCCAGCAGUGAAGGAUCUGGGCUGUUCAUUGGACUGGCUGGGUCAGGUGCAGCGGGAGGACUAGCUGUAGCUGGCUUUGAGUUCAACGCGACAUAUGUGUUGCUGGCACUGGCAUGGGUAUUUGUGCCCAUCUACAUCUCCUCAGAGCUUGUCACCAUGCCUGAGUACCUUCAGAAGAGAUACGGAAGGUCUAGGAUACGCAUGUUCUUGUCCAUCUUUUCAUUGCUGAUGUCUGUUUUCACCAAGAUAUCUAUUGAUUUGUAUGCUGGGGCCCUCUUUGUGCACAUCUGUCUGGGUUGGAAUUUUUACCUGUCUACUGGCAUAAUGUUGGUGAUCACAGCACUUUACACCAUAGCAGGUGGCCUGGCUGCUGUCAUCUACACUGAUGCAUUGCAGACACUGAUUAUGAUCAUUGGGGCAGUCAUCCUGACAAUCAAAGCUUUUGACCAAAUCGGGGGUUACAACCAGUUGGAGGAGGCUUACUUACGGGCGGUACCAAACAAGACCAUCCCUAACACAACAUGCCACCUGCCCCGGGCGGAUGCCAUGCACAUGUUCCGAGACCCCUCCACUGGAGAUCUCCCGUGGACUGGGAUGACCUUUGGUCUGACCAUCAUGGCCACUUGGUAUUGGUGCACUGAUCAGGUAAUAGUACAGAGAUCCCUCUCUGCCAGGAACCUGAACCAUGCCAAAGCGGGCUCCAUUCUUGCCAGUUACCUGAAGAUGCUGCCCAUGGGCAUAAUCAUCAUGCCAGGCAUGAUUAGUCGGGCACUAUACCCAGGGUCACACAGCUACCACGUACGCCAUUUGCAACUAAUGAUCUCACGCACUAAUGAUGUGGGCUGUGUGGUGACAUCUGAGUGCCUGAGGGCCUGUGGGGCUGAAGUGGGAUGUUCCAACAUCGCUUACCCCAAACUAGUGAUGGAGUUGAUGCCCAUGGGACUUCGUGGACUGAUGAUUGCUGUCAUGAUGGCAGCUUUGAUGUCCUCCUUGACUUCCAUCUUCAACAGUAGCAGCACACUCUUUACUAUGGACAUCUGGACUAAGCUGAGACCUCAAGCAAGCGAGCGGGAGCUCCUGUUGGUGGGCAGGCUGGUUAUUGUGGUCCUCAUUGGUGUUAGUGUAGUCUGGAUCCCAGUCCUCCAGGGCUCCAAAAGUGGCCAGCUCUUCAUCUACAUGCAGGUGGUUACCAGUUCCCUGGCACCUCCUAUCACAGCUAUCUUUGUCUUAGGAGUAUUUUGGAAUCGGGCCAAUGAACAGGGGGCCUUCUGGGGCCUGAUUACAGGGCUGGUAGUAGGAGCUACUCGGAUGAUCCUGGAAUUUGUUUAUCCUGAGCCACCUUGCGGUUUCCCAGACAACCGGCCAGCUGUGCUCAACAACUUUCACUAUCUUCACUUCUCCUUGCUGCUCUUCUCCAUCACAGUGUCUGUAGUCACUGCUGUCAGUCUGCUGACCCCACCCCCUGAUGAAUCUCAGAUCAAGAAUUUAACAUGGUGGACCCUUUCCAAGGACAAUCUUUUAGAAGCUCUGCCUGAGGCUUAUGAUACAGGAGACAAAGUUGGAAAGAAGCGAGCUCCCUUCUGGACUCGAGUUUGCAACUUCAAUGCCAUUCUGCUUGUGUGUGUCAACAUAUUCUUCUAUGCCUAUUUUGCCUGAUGGUGUUCAUUUUCUGGGAAGCCAGAGGAUCAUGGGAUCAGAGAUGUAGGAGAGAUUCAUCCCAAUUAGACAUCUAGAGAAGUAUCAUAGACUAUUAGAGCUGGAAGGAUUAUCUGGUCCAACUCAUUUGAUUUACAGAUGGGGCCUUGAGAAGGGAAGUGACCUGCCCAAAGUUACCAAUAGGUCAAAGGCCCGGCAUUAAAACCCAAGGCUGACUUCUAGGCAGAUGCUCUUUCUAUUAAACUGGGCUUCUUUUCUUUUCCUGGUUCAGAAGCAUUUGGGCUGUGGAAAGUUCUUACAAGAGCAUGUCUCCUUUGACAUCAAGGUGUCCCACUACUACCACCAUCACCACCAACCACCACUGUUUUUUAUAAUCCUUGGAAACACCUUCAGCUUAGGCCACUGCCUGAAGAUUCCAGAGCCUGGAAGAGGACUUAAUCUGCCUUCAAGUCUCUAGCCCCUUUCUCUUCUCCCACUCAUAAUUACUUAAGGCAAUGUCAGAGAGACCUAGUUCUGCCACCAAUUAGCUGUGUGACCUUCAGCAAGUCACUUUCCUUCUCUGGGACUCAGUUUCCUCAUCUAUUAAACAAGAGGGCUGAACUAGAUGAUUUCUUAGGUUCUUUAGGGGUCUAAUAUUCUCUGAUUUGAUGAACCCCUGACUCUUCCCUCCUUCCUUACCCUUAGCCUAUGGUCAGAUCCAUAUAAAGCACCCUCUACAUGUCCAGCUUCCCUAAAAUAGGUUCCUCCCUCCCACUUUGAGUCUCUGACUCAGUGAAUUCCUAGUCUUGAGAUCUGGGUUGGGGAUGGGGGAAGAGGGAAGUGUAUGGAUCUUGAGAUUCAGUGAGGUUUGACUAAGAAGGCAUGAGUCUGAGUGUUAGUAGUAGGGGGAAAAGCCAAAUAGCCUAGCUCAGCCCAAACCAAUGGGGCAUGGGCCUCUGAAUCACCAUCUAAUAGAACCAGAGAGUAACCAAACACCAUAAAAGACUUUAUAGCCUCCCAGGGAACACUUCCUAUCUAUAUCACUUGGCUUCUGGCCAAACAUCAAACACUUCUACAACAUUUAUAAAGCAAGAUGCAAAGGUAAAUCAGCCCAGAGUUUGGUAUGCCUCCCAGGAGUCCCUUGGCAUGUACAUUUUUGAGUCAGUCCCUCCUAAACACAGGAAUAUGCCCUGGGUCCCAGGGAAAGGCAGUUGUUAGCCACACUAUCACUCUCAAGGGGAUCAUGGGAACCCUGACCUGAGACCCUUCAUCCCUUCACCAGUGAUGCCCCAUCCUUCACCUUGUCUGCUCAAGGGAACUUUCACCAUUGAAUAGCUCCAUCUUAGCUUCGGGAGCAAAAGGUUGAGUGUACAGGGUUGUCAAUUGGAUCCGGGUUUAGCAAAUCCCCUCAGGGUAUAAACUAAGCCUGGAGAGGGCUGACCCUGUGACAAUGGUAUUCAUGCAUCUCCCUUUCCUCCUCCAAAAUGGAACUGAGUGCCUGCCCAGUACCCAGCUAAAGCCUGAGUCCUUGGACACUGCUCAUUGUAUUGACUUCUUUGGGUGGUGGUCCAUGUCCUGAUCAUCUCAUACCUGGGUCAUUGCAGUAGCCUCCUAACCAUCUUCCUUGCCUAUAGUCUCUUUUUUUUGUUUUGUUUUUUAGUGAGGCAGUUGGGGUUAAGUGACUUGCCCAGGGUCACACAGCUAGUAAGUGUUAAGUGUCUGAGGCUGGAUUUGAACUCAGGUACUCCUGACUCCAGGGCCGGUGCUCUAUCUGCCUAUAGUCUCUUUCUGAUUCAUCAUAUAUACUGCCAAGUUCAUCUUCCCCAAAUUCUAUUUUCAUCAUUUUCAUCCCCACUCAAGAAUCAUCAUUGGCUCCCAGUCACUUGUAGGGCAAAGUCCAAACUACCCAAGACCUUCCACUGUCUUUCAUUAUCUCCUUGAUGAUAAUGAUGAUAGCUAACAUUUAUAUGGCACUUUGAGGUUUUCAAAGCACUUUAUAUACAUUAUGACAUUGGUCCUCACAACAGCAAUCCUGGGAAUGUAGGUGAUAUUAUCAUCCCCAUUUCACAGUUAAGGAAACCAGCACAGAGAGGUUGUGACCUGCCCAGGCUCACACAGCUAGUAAAUACCUGAAGCAGGGUUCAAACUCAAGUCUUCUGACUCCAAUUCCAACAAUGGUAGGCUCCUUCCUAGAUCUGGGACUUCCCUCGUUCUGUCUCCAUUUCUCAAAAUGUUUCUCCCAUGGCCGAAUAAUCCCCAUCUUUCUGCCCCCAACAUCUUGGACUCGGAUCCUUUUUCUGUACCAUGUAUUGGGUACCGAUUGUGUAUUGCCUGUUAUCAUCAUGUCUGUACGUAUUUUGUCUGCUGCUAGACUGUAAGCUCCCUAAGGGCAGAGACUGAAUCUUCUCCUAGGUCUGUAUGGCCCAGGACCUUAUUCUCAGAAGGCGUGGAAUAAACAUUUGCUGUUUGACUGGA